GAAAUUUUAAAAACUACUUACAUAUAUUUCAAAAAAAAAAUGUGCUAACCCCAAACCCAACAAAAACUAAGUGUUCACCAGCAGUGUUUUAUAACACCGUUAGUUGCUUAAGUCAAUACUUCCUAACGGACAGUCGCUUUACGCGAUCAUUUGUGUAGCAAAAUUAAUUUUUCUCACACAUCACACAUCGCCCAGGCUGCCAAAAUGCUUGUUGGCUCACAUCCGUAUCUGUGCAAUGGUGUCUUACCGCCGACUGGUCCAAAUGUCGCGGCUGCUGCUGCCGCCGCCGCUGCGGCUGCCGCGGCUGUGACUAAUUCAAAUGCCAACAACAACCAUAAUAAUAGUCCAAGCCAUACUCAGACUACAGCGGGUAGUAAAAAUGCCGCCGGCUCCGCAACAGAUUUCUCCAUCGCGGCGAUAAUGGCCAGAGAGGAUGCCUCCAGCAGGGAAUCCUCCGUACGCAGUGCAAGUCCCAUCUCCGUUGAGGAUGAGGUCGACGUCGAUGUGGUCGAUUGCAGCGAUUCCGAGGAGCCACCACCAACCAAAGUGCGCCGAAUUCACCAUAACAACAACAACAAUAAUAAUAGUCAUAAUCACAAUAACACCAGCAGUUCAUCACAAAAUCAUCUCAAUAGCAGUACAACCAGCAGUCAAGGACGUUCCACGCCACCACAAUCACCGGGAACCGAUACCGAGGAACGCCUAACACCCGAACCGGUGCAGAAGACACCGAAAAUUGUUGGCUCCUGCAACUGUGAUGAACUCAAGCCGGUGCAAUGUCAUUUGGAGACAAAAGAACUUUGGGAUCGCUUUCACGAUUUGGGCACCGAGAUGAUUAUCACUAAAACGGGCAGACGCAUGUUCCCCACCGUACGCGUCAGCUUCUCCGGUCCGCUGCGGCAGAUACAACCUGCCGAUCGCUAUGCCGUGCUAAUCGAUAUCAUACCGAUGGAUUCGAAGCGUUAUCGCUACGCGUAUCAUCGCUCGGCUUGGCUAGUCGCCGGCAAGGCUGAUCCCGCACCGCCAGCACGUCUCUAUGCGCAUCCGGACAGUCCGUUCAGUUGUGAGGCGCUGCGUAAACAGGUUAUCUCCUUUGAGAAGGUGAAGUUGACUAAUAAUGAAAUGGAUAAAAAUGGACAGAUUGUUUUGAACUCUAUGCACCGCUAUCAACCACGCAUACACUUGGUGCGCCUCAGUCAUGGCCAGAGCAUACCGACAAACCCCAAAGAGUUGCAAGAGCUCGACCACAAGACGUAUGUAUUCCCCGAAACCGUCUUCACCGCCGUCACCGCAUAUCAAAACCAACUUAUAACCAAAUUGAAAAUCGACUCCAAUCCCUUCGCCAAAGGUUUCCGCGAUUCGUCACGCCUUACCGACUUCGAUCGCGAUCCCAUGGAGGCGCUAUUGCUCGAACAACAACUACGCUCACCGUUGCGCCUCUUUCCCGACCCGCUGAUGCAACAGUUUGCCGCACAGCAAGGCGUCGAUCCCACCUCGAUGGCCAUCUUCGAGAAGGCACGCCAGCAUCUGCAAAUGUUCGGUGGUAAUUCCCCAUAUGCUCAACUGAUGAUGCCACAAAUGUAUGCCCAGCAGGCGCCCCCACCACCCGGACUCGGCGCAUUCCACAUGUUCCAACAGCAAUGGCCACAACUGACGGCGGGCUUCUUGGCUAGCGCUAAUCAGCAAGCGGCCGCCGCUCAGGCUGCCGCAGUACAGCAAGCGCAAGCACAAGCUCAAGCACAAGCACAGGCACAAGCUGCUGCUGCUGCGGCGGCGGCGGCCGUUGCUAACCGUACACCACCACCGCCGCCAACUGCGUCAACACCAUCGUCCACGUCGUCGGGCGGCUCGCCCUCGCCCGACAUGCGACCGCGACAGUUUCAACGCUUCAGCCCCUACCAAGUGCCGCAACACCAGCAGCAACAUCAACAGCAGCAGACGCUGACGGCGCCACCACAGACGCGCAGUCCUCACAAUUAAGCGGGUGGCGGUGAUUUCAAGUGUUAAUUGUUGUUGUUGAUUUGAGUGCGCCGAAAACAGUAUUAAAGGGCAGCCGGUGAUUCGCGUUGAGGAGGCUGGGAAUGAAAUGAAGCAAGGGAGGCGGCGGAGGAGAAAUGAAUUAACUUAUUCUCAUGUAAUUUAUUAUUAACUUUGUUUAAGUAGUUAAUUUGAGUUGAAAAAUUCAGUUUUUGUUGCUUUUGUUGUGUAAGCGUGAUACUAGAAAGCUGGUUCCAAAACAGAUGUUUCCAGCGAAUUUCAUAGAAAAAAAAUUUUCAAGUUUCGGAUGUAAGAACUUCGCGGUCAGUUGAGUGCGUAUACAGCUUUUGUAAAUUUU